GCGCUGUGACAUCAGAUGAAAUUACCUGAAGAAGACUGCUUCUCUCUCUAGGAAUAUCUGGGCUAAACAGCUUUUGGUUUACUUUUGUUGUAUCAUUCAAAUAUUGUAAACUCAAGAAAUCUAAAAUGGCAUCUGAGAGCGAGGAGAAUGGCACGGAAAUGCAACCCGAGGUGGAGGAAACGGCCUAUUCCUUAGCUCGGUUGAAACUCGAGAAUCUGCUGAAUAAGAGCAUGAGGAUUCGUAUGACAGACGGCCGCACGCUGGUGGGGCUUUUCUUAUGUACAGACCGAGACUGUAAUGUCAUCCUGGGAUCUGCACAGGAGUUCCUCAAAUCCACAGACUCUUUCUCACAAGGUGAGCCCAGAGUGUUGGGACUGGCUAUGAUUCCUGGCCAUCACGUUGUUUCUAUAGAAGUGGAAUCUGAAAGCCUUCAGACAACCACCCAUGGACUCUAACCACUUUAAAGACAUUGGACUCUCAAUAUAGACUGAGACUGGUCUGCAUAUAAAUGUUGUGUGAGCAACUACAGAGUCUACUUGAGAUUGGGUUACUUUAAUCCAAAUGGCUAUUGUAACAAAUAUAAUGACAGCUUGAGCUGUGCUUUUUAUUUGGUUACCAUUGGUUACCAUUCUCUUUGUGAUUGUUUAUGAGCAGUUCUCAUUAUUGACUAUCAUUUUUUAAAUAAGUGACAGUUGAAGAAUCAUGGUGAUUUUUGUCAUCGCUUUACAGUUUGGUGCCAUUGGAGUUCUGGUGUUUUGAAAAAUGAAAGUUUUUUUUCUUUGUUUUUGUCUGUGUUUUCAAAAGGCAUACAAGACAACCUCAAGGACUUAAAUUGUGUUGUUUACAAAUUAUUAUAAACCAUUAACUGACAUGUCAACCCUGUUAUAAACAAAUAUAUAACAGCUUAACAGACUUCAAUAUAACUUUAUUCUAUAUAACCCGUAAUGUAAUUAGAAUUCUAUAUACUGUACUUUUAAGUUUUUUUUCGGGACAAACUAACAUAAUUCCCACACAUAAUUGCCAGUCAUGCGUACAAUUUUCUGGAAAGUUAUAAAAACUUUUCAUUUACGUGAAAAUGUUUUCCUUGACAAGUUUUGACUCAUGAAGCCAUACACACACAUAAUUCAUUUAGCUGAUUUAGCUGUGCUAAAUCUAAGAUUGAUUAUAUCUUAUUUUAGAUUUAGAGGUUCAGAAUCACUGCCCAGGUAACAGGGUGGACAUUUAAAAGAAAAACGAGAUUUCUAUUGUGUGAGUAAAAUCAAGAUAUCAUUAAUUUUAGUUA